GCGGCGGCAUCUGGCGGACGGGGGGCGGGGGGAGGUGAUCCGCGCGGGCAUACGCGUCGCCAUCGUGGGCCCGCCCAACGCAGGCAAGAGCACCAUGCUCAACAC